GAAAAUAGAUCAUCAUGGUGGCACCAAAGAGUCACACAGAUGACUGGGCUCCUGGGCCUUUCUCCAGUAAGCCACAGAGGAGUCAGCUGCAAACAUUCUCUUCUGUUCUACAGACCUCUCUCCUCUUCCUGCUCAUGGGGUAAAAGAAAGAAGGCUAGCUCAAGGAGUCUAGCUGCUCCUCCAAGUCCCUCUUCUAUCUCUGCAGGACUAAGAGCCUCUGGAAAGGACUCGGCCCCAACAGUGGUGUCAGGGAUCCUAGGGGGUUCUGUGACUUUCCCCCUAAAUAUCUCAGUAGACACAGAGAUUGAGCACGUCAUCUGGAUUGGUCCCAAAAAUGCUCUUGCUUUCGCACGUCCCAAAGAAAAUGUAACCGUUAUGGUCAAAAGCUACCUGGGCCGACUAGACAUCACUAAGUGGAAUUACUCCCUGUGCAUCAGAAAUCUGACUCUGAAUGAUGCAGGAUCCUACAAAGCCCAGAUAAACCAAAGGAAUUUUGAAGUCACCACUGAGGAGGAAUUCACCCUGUUCGUCUAUGAGCAGCUGCAGGAGCCCCAAGUCACCAUGAAGUCUGUGAAGGUGUCUGAGAACUUCUCCUGUAACAUCACUCUAAUGUGCUCCGUGAAGGGGGCAGAGAAAAGUGUUCUGUACAGCUGGACCCCAAGGGACCCCCAUGCUUCUGAGUCCAAUGGAGCUUCCAUUCUUACCAUCUCCCGAAAGCCCUGUGACCCAGACCUGCCAUACACCUGCACAGCCCAGAACCCCAUCAGCCAGAGCAGCUCCCUCCCUGUCCACGUUGGGCAGUUCUGUACAGAUCCAGGAGCCUCCAGAGGAGAAACAAUGGGGGAGACUGUGGUAGGGGUCCUGGGAGAGCCAGUCACCCUGCCACUGGCACUGCCAGCCUGCCAGGACACAGAAAAGGUUGUCUGGUUGUUUAACACAUCCAUUAUCAGCAAAGAGAGGGAAGAAGCAGCAAUGGCAGAUCCACUCAUUAAAUCCAGGGAUCCUUACAAGAACAGGGUGUGGGUCUCCAGCCAGGACUGCUCCCUGAAGAUCGGCCAGCUGAAGAUAGAGGAUGCCGGCCCCUACCAUGCCUACGUGUGCUCGGAGGCCUCCAGAGUCACCAGCAUGACACAUGUCACCCUGCUCAUCUACCGGAGGCUGAGGAAGCCCAAAAUCACGUGGAGCCUCAGGCACAGUGAGGAUGGCAUCUGCAGGAUCAGCCUGACCUGCUCCGUGGAGGAUGGGGGAAACACCGUCACGUACACAUGGACCCCGCUGCAGAAGGAAGCUGUUGUGUCCCAAGGGGGAUCACACCUCAAUGUCUCAUGGAGAAGUAGUGAAAAUCAUCCCAACCUCACAUGCACAGCCAGCAACCCUGUCAGCAACAGUUCCCACCAGUUUCUUUCUGAGAGCAUCUGUUCAGGACCUGAGAGAAACACGAAACUUUGGAUUGGGUUGUUCCUGAUGGUUUGCCUUCUGUGCAUUGGGAUCUUCAGCUGGUGCAUUUGGAAGCAAAAAGGACAGUGUUCAAUCCCAGCCUUCUGUUCCAGCCAAGCUGAGGCCCCAGCGGAUACACCAGAAACCACAACUGGCCACACGCUAUACUCUGUGCUCUCCCAAGGGUAUGAGAAGCUGGAUACUCCCCUCAGGCCUGCCAGGCAACAGCCUACGCCCACCUCAGACAGCAGCUCUGACAGCAACAUCACAACUGAGGAGGAUGAGGACAGGCCCGAGGUGCACAAGCCCAUCAGUGGAAGAGACGAGGUGUAUGACCAGGUCACUCAGGAGGGCGCUGGACAUCACCCAGCCCCUGAGGGCCAAGCAGACUAUGAUCCCGUCACUCCAUAUGUCACAGAAGUUGAGUCUGUGGUUGGAGAGAACACCGUGUAUGCACAAGUGGUCAACUUACAGGGAAAGACCCCAGUUUCUCAGAAGGAAGAGAGCUCAGCCACAAUCUACUGCUCCAUACGGAAACCUCAGAUGGUGGUGCCGCCACCACAACAGAAUGAUCUUCAGAUUCCUGAAAGUCCUACCUAUGAAAAUUUCACCUGAAAGGAAAAGCAGCUGCUGCCUCUCUCCUGGGACCGUGGGGUUGGAAAGUUAGCUGGACCUCGUGGGGCCUGGGCUCGCAGACAGAAGCACCUCAGAAUUUCCUUCAGUGCCUCAGAGAUGCCUGGGUGUGGCCCCUCCCCCUCCUUCACACCCUCAAGGCCUCCCAAACCCAUUAAUAGUUCAGACACAGGCUCCUUCUUGGAGCCUAUGGGCUUCAGAUGUCUUUGCCCCAUUUGUCACCUCGCACACUUAUAGCGUUUCCUCCUCAAAAUUCUACCAAGACUGGUCAAAUGUUGCUGAGGGGCCUGGACCAGCUGUCCUUUACACCACCUUCUCAACACUGCUGAAAUGAACCCAAGAGAAUUGUCACACAUGACACAAGAUGUACAUAAUAUCAUGCUCACUGCAGUGUUAUUUAAAAUAAAAGGCAGGAAAUAACCUAAAUGUCCAUUCAUUCAGUGAGAAUCCAGUUACAUAUAUGAUUAUAUACCCAUGCAACGGCAAACCCUGCCACUUGGAAAGCAAGCAAGGACUAAUAGGUGCUAAUAUGGAAUGGGCUGUAAGAUACAUUACGGAGUGGAAAAAACAAAGUUCAGGACCAUGUGUAUUGUAUGCUACCAGUUGGAUUUACAAAAAAAUGUAUGUUGGCCAGGCACGGUGGCUCAUGCCUGUAACCCCAGCACUUUGGGAGGCCGAGGUGGGCAGAUCACUUGAGGUCAGGAGUUCAAGACCAGCCUGGUCAACAUAGUGAAACCCCAUCUCUAAUAAAAAUACAAAAAAACAAUUAGCUGGGCAUGGUGGUGUGUGCCUGUAAUCUCGGCUACUUGGGAGGCUGAGGCAGGAGAAUCACUUGAACCCAGGAGGCGGAAGUUGCAGUAAGCAGAGAUCACGCCACUGCAUUCCACCCUUAGCAACAGAGCGAGAGUUUAUCUCAAGAAAAAAAAAGAAAAAAGAAAGAGAAAGAAAGGAAGGAAGGAAGGAAAGAAGAAAGAAAGAAGAAAGAAAGAAAGAAAGAAAGAAAGAAAGAAAGAAAGAAAGAAAGAAAGAAAGAAAGAAAGAAAGAAAAAGAAAGAAAAGAAAGAAAGAAAGAAAGAGAGAAAGAAAGAAAGAAUGUAAGUCUACAUGCUUACAUAGGCAUGGAAAAGCUAUGGAAAGAAAUACAAAAAACAUUACUGGCUGCCUCUGGGGAGGAACUGGGAAUCUCAAUUUGGGAAAGAGACAUUUUUUACUGCACAAUUUUUUGUACUGCUGGAUUUUUUUAAAACCAUAUGUGUGUAUUACUCUUUUGUUAUUUUGUAAAGGUGCUUAAAAUGCCUGUUUCAAAUAAGCCUCCCAUAUUUACCCAAAAGAACUUCCCUCUUUAUUGUCCAGUCUGGACACAGAAUACCCACAGUAUCUCUCUCCAAGACUGUGGCCACAGCCCUCUCCUCUGCCUGUAAGAUGCACUAUACUUGACUUAUAUUCAUGGUACUCUAGUGUACCUUUCUGUUACCAUCACCUUGCAGCCCAUCUAGGUCCUUUAAUUGUGUGCUGCCUCUGUCAUGCUCUCCUGCACAUGAGCCUGAACUCAGUAUGGCUUCUGUCACCUGCAGUGGGUACUCCCAGGAGUUCAGGCAGUGCUUCAUACACAGCAGGAGCUUAAUUACUGCUUGUUCAUUGACUGGCUUGUUGCAUGGAUAAUUAUCUUUGUGAGGCAUUGUCAUGGAAGCUCAACAAUCAGACACGUAACAUGAUGUUGUACAUCUUUCUUUCUAGAAUACAGCAUCUUCAAAAGCCCUGACCCCAUAGGGUCUCUUCUGCUCCUUAAAUAAAUCUGGCCAGUUCAAGAUCUAUGCAGGACACAUGAAAGGCCAGCAGCAGUCAAUGGUCAGAGUCCCUGGUGUUCAUCUGGACUGUUUCUGAACCCCGUCAUUUCCUGCUGCCUCUACUCACUAAACUCCUUGACUCUGCAGCUCAACUCCCAGUACCUGCCUUGGACCCCCAGGCUCUUUCUGAAUAUAUUUCCCUGGUUUUUAAGCUUCUCACUUGCUUUAAGAUGUGGUCUGUUCACACUUCUCUCCAGGAGGAAGCCAGCCUGGCCAGCAGCACAGUCUCAGGGGAAAGCAAUCCUGCAGGGUGUGACCAAGUGCGUGUCUUGGCUCUCCUUCACAAGACGGAAUAGCCCCUAGUGUCUGGUUCUCUGCUGUCCCAGUGUGAACAAGGCUGAAGGACACUGCCAGCUCACCAGGAAGUGAGACCCUCUACAGCAGUAUUCAAACAGACAUGUGUUUGUGGAUGGCCAACAAGUGCCCUUUGGCUGCUAUAGAGAAUAAAAAUGCAGGGUAUGGA